GGCCAGAACCUGGGUUUCAAAAGUUACCGGUGGCGUCGUCGCGAUGGGGAAGUCAGAUUUUCUGACCCCCAAGGCCAUUGCCAACAGGAUCAAAUCCAAAGGGCUUCAGAAGCUUCGCUGGUAUUGCCAGAUGUGCCAGAAACAGUGCCGGGAUGAGAAUGGCUUUAAGUGUCAUUGUAUGUCCGAAUCUCAUCAGAGACAACUAUUGCUGGCUUCAGAAAAUCCUCAGCAAUUUAUGGAUUAUUUUUCUGAGGAAUUUCGAAAUGACUUUCUAGAACUUCUCAGGAGACGCUUUGGAACUAAGAGAGUUCACAACAACAUUGUAUAUAAUGAAUAUAUCAGCCAUCGAGAGCACAUCCAUAUGAAUGCUACUCAGUGGGAAACUCUGACUGAUUUUACUAAGUGGUUGGGCAGAGAAGGCUUGUGCAAAGUAGAUGAGACACCAAAAGGUUGGUAUAUUCAGUACAUAGAUAGGGACCCAGAAACUAUCCGCCGGCAACUGGAACUAGAGAAAAAGAAGAAGCAGGACCUUGAUGAUGAAGAAAAAACUGCCAAAUUUAUUGAAGAACAAGUGAGAAGAGGUCUGGAAGGGAAAGAACAGGAGGCCCCCGUUUUUACGGAAUUAAGCAGAGAAAAUGAUGAAGAGAAAGUUACAUUUAAUUUGAAUAAAGGAGCAUGUAGUUCAGGAGGAGCAACAUCCUCCAAAUCAAGUUCUCUGGGGCCAAGUGCGUUGAAGACGAUAGGGCCCGCAGGAUCAGUGAAACGAAAAGAAUCUUCUCAUAGCUCAGCCCAAUCGAAAGAAAAGAAGAAAAAGAAAUCUGCACUUGAUGAAAUCAUGGAGAUUGAAGAGGAAAAGAAAAGAACUGCCCGAACAGACUACUGGCUACAGCCUGAAAUCAUUGUGAAAAUUAUAACCAAAAAACUUGGCGAGAAAUAUCAUAAGAAGAAGGGUAUUGUUAAGGAAGUAAUUGACAAAUAUACAGCUGUUGUAAAGAUGAUUGAUUCUGGAGACAAGCUGAAACUUGACCAAACUCAUUUAGAAACAGUAAUACCAGCACCAGGAAAAAGAAUUCUAGUUUUAAAUGGAGGCUACAGAGGAAAUGAAGGUACCCUAGAAUCCAUCAAUGAAAAGAGUUUUUCAGCUACUAUAGUUAUUGAAACUGGCCCUUUAAAAGGACGCAGAGUUGAAGGAAUUCAAUAUGAAGAUAUAUCUAAACUUGCCUGAGUUUGAAAAUUUGUUAACAACACAUUAAAAUCCCAAAGCAUCAAAUUGGUGUUCUCUAAGGCAUUAUGAGACUCUACUGUGUUAGGGUGUUUCUUUUGUAUAAAACAAAUGGAUUUAUUUAAAUACUACUGUAUAGUUGUUGCGCUAAACUUAUAUAAAAAUCUAAUUAUGUCUUAUGAAGUAUCAAGACUAUGUAAUUUUGUCUUUGUUAUUUUUGUUUCCUUUGUAAUAUUUUUUGAUGAUUUUUUUUAUCUUUAUUAAAAGGAUGUUAUUGUAAAGUGUUUUAUACAAGACAAUUUAGAAUCAUAUUAUUGGAGGAUAUCCUUUACAUACCCUCUAUUUUUAGCAGUAUUUGAACUAUAAAUAUAGUAACUGUAGAUUUUAAAAAGUUGAACUAUAAAUAUAAAAGCUUUAUUGAAGUAUAAUUCACAUGCUAUACAAUUCACCCAUUUAAAAUGUAUAAUUCAGUGAUUUUCAGUAUAUAUUCACAGAGUUGUGCAACCACCACUGCUAUCUAAUUUUAGAACAUUUUCAUCACCCCAAAAAAGAAACCCUGGACCCAUUACUAGUCAAUUCCCUAAUUCCCUCUUUCUGCAGUCCCUAACCUACUUUCUUUCUCUAUGGCUUUGUCCUCACUGAAAAUUUCAUAUAAAUGGAAUUAUACAAUGAAUGGUCUUUUUGACUGGCUUCUUACACUUAAAAUAUUUUCAAGGUUCGUCCAUGUUACAGCAUGUAUCAGCACUUCAUUCCAGUUUAUUGCUAAGUAAUAUUUAUUGUAUGUAUAUACCACAUUUUGUUUAUCCAUUCAUCAGUUGAUGCACAUUUGAGUUGUUUCCAC